CAACAUCAAUAUAACACGUUAACUUUCACAUUUCAUUUUGUCUGAGCAUUUCCAGGUGUGCCACAAAUCUAUUUCAUGCAGGUGUGUGUGUGUGUGUGUGUGUGUGUGUGUGUGUGUGUGUGUGUGUGUGUGUGUGUGUGUGUGUGUGUGUGUGUGUGUGUGUGUGUGUGUGAGAGAGAGAUAAUUCCAUAUAUGACCAGCAGAGGGCAGCCUGCAGAAGGACUCCUCCCUGUCCUGCUCUCUCUCGGCGGACUGUCCUCGUUUGUUUUUGUUGUGUGAGAGGAGGGGAAGCAUCAAGCCUACAGAUUAAACAUUUGUGGGGUAUUUAUAAAUAAUUUCCUCAGUUAAAUUAUAUGAUGUUGCUUUAGAUCAGGUAGCUAUAACCGUAUUAUUUAAUUAGCGUGAUCCAUCGUUUCGUGCAGAGACUCACUCAGAUCUAUGAGAGGGAAGUGAAUGAAAUGUCAAGCUAGUCGACCAGUUAGCUUCCAAUUUCAUGCGAGUUAUCUCACAACACCUUGCCAGCUACAGCCUAACGCUAUAUCAAUAGAUUACGGGACAGGCCACUUCUCUGGGCAACUGUUUUACGUUAUCCCUUUUUCUACAAAAUCGUCGGGGGAUUAUUUGAUCUAAAUCAUGAGUGAAGAGGAGUUGAGUUCCACCUCAACGGGUAACAACAAGGACUCGAGCAUUUCGCUCCUACUAACCAAGGACGGACAGACGUACUACGUUGACAAAAGCGGUGUUGUCGACUGCAGAAAUGUAGUCACGCCGCAAGAAUCGGACAAUAACAUGUUCUCGUACGACAUGGAUGAUGCCGAUGAGGAGAGCGAUGUUUUAGACACCUCGGACCCCCGUGACAGCGCUGCGAGUCCCGAAGAGCUCAACGAGGAAGACGGGUUCGGGGAGAACGAGAACGUGUCGAAAACGUGCACGUACGACGGUUGUACGGAGACCACGACCCAGGUCGCCAAGCAGCGGAAACCCUGGAUGUGUAAGAAGCACCGUAACAAGAUGUACAAAGACAAGUACAAGAAGAAGAAAAGUGAUCAGGCUAUGUCCAGCGGGAAACAAGAUGAGAGCUUGGAGGAGAGGCCUGUGUCUGGAAACAAGCAGCGUCUUGGCACCGUGGGGGACCGGCCGGCCAGACCCUCCCUCAUCGAACAGGUGCUCAACCAGAAGAGACUGUCUCUGCUGAGGAGUCCUGAGGUCAUCAGGUUUCUACAGCAGCAGCAGCGUCUCCUGACCACCCAAAGUCACAGCCAAUCGCAGCCUGACUUCCAGGGCUGCUAACAGGACAACAGGGGAGGGGCCAGCCACUCUGUGUGUCCACCUCCAGACACGGGUUCUAGAAUGUAGAAUGUUCUGGAAUUAUGCUAAGUCAUUCUGGAACUAUUCCAUCUAUCACAGUAGCAGGAGGACACAGUUGUUAGGACCUAUCUAACUCAUAGGGGUUAACUAACCCCUAACCUUAACACAACCCUAACUAUCCACCCUAACUUGAUAUAUACGCAAACUGUCAGGUGCACCGCUCGGACUGGUGCAGGACUAGGCCAAUUAAGUGGGUUGAUCUCCCCCCCCCUCGGAGCAGCUGUUCUCGCGUGGUGUUCCCUCCCUGCUCUCUUACGUGAUGAAUCAUGUGGGCCUAUACCCCAGAAAGACCUACAGAAACUGAAAUCCCAAUGUACUGUACUGCCCAUCCGGUGAGGUGAUAUACAGCAUGGCCAUCUCGUGACGCCCAGCGAAAAGAUAUUCAUGCUCGUUUACCGACGUAGUAAAGACAGAAUGGAGACUGUAUUCUUAUCAACAUCAACUGUGCUUCCAAUCAAUCCAUUCAUCAAUCAAUCCAUUCAUCAAUCCAUUCAUCAAUCAAUCCAUUCGUCAAUCAAUCCAUUCAUCAAUCAAUCUGUUAACUAGAAUUCAUGAAGUUGGUAAACAAACUGCAUGCUUUAAAUGUCACUAUGUCAGCUAAGAAAAAAGAAAAGGGAACUCACUUGUUUUAAUGUUGUUUUUUUUAUUUAGUUUCGUCUGCUGUGUUAAACUGAUGUUUUGGCUCAAUUUUUAGAUUCGAUUUUGAAAACAAGACUGUAGUAAACAGAUAAUAGAUGUGACAAAGAAUAUCAUUUUAUACCAAAACUUCUGUUUAAUAAUUAGGUAGCAUUGUGUGGUUGUUGUUAGAUGACAGAUGUAUCUAGUCUGAAUUCACUAUCGGAUUGCUAUCAGUUUUUCCUUGAUUACAUGUGACAAUGACAAUCAUGCUCUGGUGUGUGUGUGUGUGUGUGUGGGGGGGGGGGACAUAGCGUGAUGUUUGAAGGGGGGGGGGGGGUGCUAAAGAGCUACAAUGUGACUGUCUGCUCGGUUUUUAAAUCAAGGUUGGGGUCAAUUCCAGUCAAUUCAGGAAGUAAACCUAAUUCCUAAGAGAAUUGGACUUUUCUAUUUACUUUCUGAAUUGAAAUGGGAUUAACCACAACCUUGGUAUAAUCUAUUUGUUGUGAUGUGUAAUCUGUAGUUUGGGGUAGAACCUGCAAUCCUAACCACAGAUAUAGGAUCAGAUUACUCUAUAAACCGAUCCUUAACCAUUAAGUCCUAUUCAUACCAGGUUCGGGGUCAAUUCCAUUUAAACACAAUUCACAAAGUGAAGUGAAAGUCCCAAUUUUCUUCAAUGCUUUUCAACGAGUAAAGAUGGGAAUUCGGUUUACUUUCUGAAUUGAUUGGAAUUGACCCCAAACCUGAUUAAUACCAAAUGCAAUUAGCUAAGCAACAAUGGUUAUCCUUCAUAGAUGCGUAGUGACAAAUUGCAGGUCGAGACACAUUUGCGCAUUUUUGUUUUGCGCAAGUACGAAGAGCGGCCAUUUUGUGUAGCUAAUUGCUUUCUUGCGUAGAGUAUUCAAUUAGGAUGGAAUGACAUCUGACCUUGGAUCAGUGCUUAGUACGGUUGAAGUAGUUUCCCCUUAUAGUCAUCUACUGGUAACAUCUGACCUUGGAUCAGUGGUUAGUACGGUUGAAGUAGUUUCCCCUUAUAGUCAUCUACUGGUAACAUCUGACCUUGGAUCAGUGGUUACAGGGUCAACUUCAAUCUGGCAUCUACCUACCACAUGAUGGUACUCCUCUCAUCAGGUUGUGCCUAUGUAAUGUCUAUUAAACACUGUGUUUUGACUA